ACCGACCCGAGGGAAGAGGGUCAAAACUCAAAACCUCUCCCAAGCUUUUUUGGUUUCUCUCUUCUUUCUUCGAUUUGCUUCUCGUUCUUCGUUCGCGUCUCAGGGUACUCGUUUUGUCAGCCAUGGCGAUUCCUUACAUGGAAACCGUCGUGGGUUUUAUGAUAGUGAUGUACAUUUUUGAGACAUAUUUGGAUCUGAGGCAACUCACUGCUCUCAAGCUUCCAACUCUCCCGAAAACCUUGGUUGGAGUGAUUAGCCAAGAAAAGUUUGAGAAAUCACGAGCAUACAGUCUUGACAAAAGCUAUUUCCACUUUGUUCAUGAGUUUGUGACUAUACUUAUGGACUCCGCAAUUUUGUUCUUUGGGAUCUUGCCUUGGUUUUGGAAGAUAUCUGGAGCUGUUCUACCUAGGCUAGGCCUCGACCCAGAGAAUGAAAUACUGCAUACUCUUUCAUUCUUGGCUGGUGUUAUGACAUGGUCACAGAUCACUGAUUUGCCAUUUUCUUUGUACUCAACUUUCGUGAUUGAGUCUCGGCACGGGUUCAACAAACAAACGAUAUGGAUGUUCAUUAGGGACAUGAUCAAAGGAACACUUCUCUCUGUCAUACUAGGCCCACCCAUUGUUGCAGCGAUUAUUUUUAUAGUACAGAAAGGAGGUCCUUAUCUUGCAAUCUACCUGUGGGCAUUCAUGUUUAUUCUGUCUCUAGUGAUGAUGACUAUAUACCCAGUCUUGAUAGCACCGCUUUUCAACAAGUUCACUCCUCUUCCAGAUGGAGACCUCCGGGAAAAAAUUGAGAAACUUGCUUCUUCUCUAAUGUUUCCUCUGAAGAAGCUGUUUGUUGUUGAUGGAUCGACAAGGUCAAGCCAUAGCAAUGCUUACAUGUAUGGUUUCUUCAAGAACAAAAGGAUUGUUCUUUAUGAUACAUUGAUUCAGCAGUGCAAGAAUGAAGAUGAAAUUGUGGCUGUUAUUGCACACGAGCUAGGACAUUGGAAACUGAAUCACACUACAUACUCGUUCAUUGCAGUUCAAAUCCUUGCCUUCUUGCAAUUUGGAGGAUACACUCUUGUCAGAAACUCCACUGAUCUCUUCAGGAGUUUUGGAUUUGAUACACAGCCGGUCCUCAUUGGUUUGAUCAUAUUUCAGCACACUGUAAUACCUCUACAACAUCUAGUAAGCUUUGGCCUCAACCUUGUUAGUCGAGCAUUUGAGUUUCAGGCUGAUGCUUUUGCUGUAAAGCUUGGGUAUGCAAAAGAUCUUCGUCCGGCUCUAGUGAAACUACAGGAAGAGAACUUAUCAGCAAUGAACACUGAUCCGUUGUACUCAACUUAUCACUACUCACAUCCUCCUCUUGUUGAAAGGCUUCGAGCCAUUGAUGGAGAAGACAAGAAGACAGAUUAAGUCCGUAUAUCCUUGUCUCUUGUAAGGAUCAAUGACUUUUAGGUGAAAGAUUAAACAAAAAGUGAAAUACCUUAUAGGCGCAGGCCUCUUUUGUUACUUUUACAAUGGGUUUUUUGCUUAGUUACUACUUUUGUUCGGGGGGACAAAUGCUUAGUUGCUACUACUGGUUUUGUGUUUUUUAAAGUGGAAUCACUCACUGUUUGAUAUGAUCAUCAACCGUUUUUCGCCUGUUA